CUACCACAAUCCAGCAAGGUUUUUGUCUCUUGAGUCAGCCCGCCAAGGUUGAAUCGUGUUCGUUUCUUGUUCUCCUUCACUGUGGAAAUUCUGAAUGUGCUGCCACAUCCUCUGUAUCCUUGUGACCUGCAAGUACUGAAAAAUCUGAAAGGAGGAAGCUAGGACAACGUAGAAGCUGUGAAAUGGAACUGCUGACGUUCAGGGAUGUCACCAUAGAAUUUACUCCAGAAGAGUGGGAAUACUUGGAUCCUGCUCAGCGGAAUUUGUAUAGGGAUGUGAUGUUAGAGAACUACAGAAACCUGGUCUCUGUGGCACCACCUAUUAAGGGAAACAAUAACCAGUCUUUUGAAAGCCCCAGAGAAACCCAGGACUUUGGGUAUAUGUUUGGAUUAUGUGUUCAACCAAAUGUUUCUGAAGACCAGAGAUUUAAAAUUGAAGAGCAUAUUUAUGAAUUUCAUCAAUUUGAUGAGUCCUUCAUUAAAACUUUGUUAUUCUUCCACCAGCCAGCGUUAUCUACACAUGUCAAAAUCUACACCUGGGAUCAGAAUGAGAAAGAAUAUCAGAGGAAUCACACUGGAGAAAAGCCCUACAAAUGUGAAGAAUGUGGCAAAGCCUUUAGCCAGUGCUCAAAACUUCUACGACAUCAGAGAAUUCACACUGGAGAGAAACCCUACAAAUGUGAAGAAUGUGGCAAAGCCUUUAGCCAGUGCUCAACCCUUACACAACAUCAGAGAAUUCAUACUGGAGAGAAACCCUAUAAAUGUGAAGAAUGUGGUAAAGCUUUUAACCAGUGCUCACACCUUACACAACAUCAGAGAAUUCACACUGGAGUGAAACCCUACAAAUGUAAAGAAUGUGGCAAAGCCUUUAACUGGCGCUCAACCCUUACACAACAUCAGAUAACUCAUACUGGAGAGAAACCCUACAAAUGUGAAGAAUGUGGUAAAGCCUUUAACCAGUGCUCAAGCCGUACACAACAUCAGAGAAUUCACACUGGAGUGAAACCCUACAAAUGUGAAGAAUGUGGCAAAGCUUUUAACCAGUGCUCAAAACUUACACAACAUCAGAGAAUUCACACUGGAGAGAAACCCUACAAAUGUAAAGAAUGUGGCAAAGACUUUAGCCAGUGCUCCACCUUUAUACGACAUCGUAGAAUUCAUACUGGAGGGAAAUCCUACAAAUGCGAAGAAUGUGGCAAAGCCUUUAACCAUAGUUCAACCCUUGUACAGCAUCGAAGAAUUCAUACUGGUGAGAAACCCUACAAAUGUGAAGAAUGUGGCAAGGCCUUUAGCUGGGGUUCAAAACUUACACAACAUCAGAGAAUUCACACUGGAGUGAAACCCUACAAAUGUGAAGAAUGUGGCAAAGACUUUAGCCAGUGCUCCACCUUUAUACGACAUCGAAGAAUUCAUAGUGGAGAGAAACCCUACAAAUGCGAAGAAUGCGGCAUAGCCUUUCACUGUAGUUCAGCCCUUGCACAGCACCGAAGAAUUCAUACUGGAGAUAAACCCUAUAAAUGUGAAGAAUGUGGCAGGGCCUUUAAAUGGGGCUCAAAACUUACACAACAUCAGAGAGUUCACACUGAAAAGAAACCCUACAAAUGUGAAGAAUGUAUGAAAGCCUUUACCUCUCAUUUUAGCUUUAAUAGACAUCUGAAAAUUCAUACUAAAGAAUAAUAACACUAAUGUGAAGAAUUUGGCAAAGUCUUUUCACAUUUUACUCAACAUCAAAAACCAUGAUAUUGAGGAGAAACCCUAAAAAUUUGAGGAAUGUAGCAAAACUUCUGUCUUUCAAGGCUUAUUCAACAUCAGAAAAUAUAUACCACAAAGAAACCAUAAACAUUUGAAGACUGGCAUAUUCUUAAGUGUUCAGGCUGUAAACAAUAUCAAGAAAUUAAUAUGGAAGAGAAACCCUACAAAUGUAAAAAGUCUGAAAAUUUGUACUACAGAAAUGCUAUAGAUGUAAUAAUACAAGUGAAAAGAGUUUUAUCCCAAAUAUAACUUGGACAUCACCGAAGAGUUCAUACAAAGGCAAACAUUUAACACAGUACAAUAAAUGUGUGGACUUAUUUAAUUAAAACUUAUCUCUAAGUGCCCCAGAGGAUUCACACAAGUAAAACCUAAAGAACAUUUCCAGACUUUACAUUAACUUCACGUAUUCACUAUAGAGAAAAAUGUGAAGUCCAGAUAAUUUGGUUUUAUUUUUUUCAGAAAAUAAUAACUUUAUCUUUUAACAGGUACAAUUAUUAAUAUAUUUAUGGAUGCUUUGCAUUGAAAAUACUUAAAAUUUUUUUCAAAAGUGGCAGGACCAUGGCUUACAUCUAUAAUCCUAGCACUGUGAGAGGAGGAAGCAGGUAGAUUGCUUGAGUUUGGGUGUUCUGGAGCCUGAACAAGAGUAAAACCUUCCUCUCUGCUACAAAAAAAAAAAAAAAAAAACCGAUUAUUGUGAUGGGUGCUUGUUGUCCCUGCUACUUGGGAGGCUGAGGCAAGAGGAUUGCUUGAGCCCAAGAGUUUGAAGUAGCUGUGAGCUUUGAUGGUAUGGCACUCUAAAAAAAUAUUCAAAAGCAGGGCGACGCCUGUGGCUCAGUCAGUAAGGCGCCGGCCCCAUAUACUGAGGGUGGCGGGUUCAAACCUGGCCCCAGCUGAACUGCAACCAAAAAGUAGCUGGGCGUUGUGGCGGGCGCCUGUAGUCCCAGCUACUCGGGAGGCUGAGGCAAGAGAAUCGCUUAAGCCCAGGAGUUG